GUAACGUUUGUUUGGUGUAACGUUAGUUGAAUUAUCAGGCCUGUUUGGGAAAACUACGGUAGCGUUAGUUUUUCUAGCAAUAUUUACAUUUCUUGAUAAAAGUAGGCCUAUCUCAACACCUUACAGAAGACAUAUAUAGCUAUAUAAAGUUUUCAGCCAUGGCUCUUGAAACACAGGGAGUGCCUCAACUUGAACUGGAGGCUGUUAUUGGGUUCAACGGGCAUGUGUUUUCUGGCCUGAGAGUCCAUCCAGACAGAGAGCAUCUAAUCUAUCCUCUGGGAUGCACAGUCAUUCUAAAGAGAAUCAAAGAUGGCAAGCAAGAGUUCCUGCAUGGACACACAAACAAUGUAUCCUGUAUUUCAGUGUCCAAAAGUGGAAUAUAUAUUGCCUCUGGACAAGUCAACUUCAUGGGCUUUCAGGCUAUGGUUAUCAUCUGGGACUAUGCUCAGCGAACAAUCUAUGCCCAGUUGUUGCUCCACAAGGCAAAGGUAGAGGCACUGGCCUUCUCUCCCGGCGACAAGUACCUGGUGUCCCUUGGUGGUCAGGAUGAUGGCAGCAUUGUGGUAUGGGAUAUUGAGACCAAGCAGGCCAUCUGUGGGAGCCCAGCUUCACCGCACAGUGCCGGUCACUGCCUCACUGUGCAGUACUCUAACAUAAACGACAAUAUCUUUGUUUCUGCUGGGAGCGGAACAUUGCGUGUCUGGGAGCUGGACCUCCCCAACAGGAAGAUCAGGCCCACCGAGUGUCAGACAGGCAAACUGAAAAGGAUUGUGAAAUGUAUAGAGAUCACAGAGGACGAUAAAUUCAUUUUCUGUGGCACCACCAGUGGAGACAUAAUGAAAAUCAACCUGAAGACAGGGCUUCUGAGUGACUAUGGUCCAGUUAAAGCCAAAUACAGCCUGGGUGUCAGUGUCAUAAGGAUACUGAAGUCUGGGGACCUGCUUGUAGGCUCUGGAUCUGGCACCUUCACUCUGUGUUCCAGGACUAACUUCAAAACUCUUAAGAAGGUGCAGCUGGAAAAGAGGGUGACCUCCAUCGCUCUAAGAGGGGAGGGCCAGCAGUUCUUUGUUGGAACAGAGGCUGCUCAGAUGUACCGCUUCAGUUAUGAGAACUUCAAAUCGGAACUCAUUUCCACCAGCCACAACAGUGCUGUCAAGGACGUAGCCAUAUCUUUUGGAACGUCAGAAUUGUUUGCAACCUGCUCUGAGGAGGACAUCAGGUUGUGGCACAUAGACCAGCCCAAAGAGCUGCUGCGCAUCACUGUACCCAACAUGACCUGCAAUUCCCUGGACUUCAUGGUUGACGGACAUAGCAUCAUCAGUGCAUGGAAUGAUGGUAAGAUUCGUGUGUUUGCGCCAGAAAGUGGCCGGCUCAUGCUCAUCGUUCACAAUGCACACAGAAUGGGUGUGACAGCCAUCGCUGGCACCAGGGACUGCAAGAGGAUUGUCAGUGGAGGGGGGGAGGGGCAGGUGCGUGUUUGGGAGCUGCAGCCACACGGCCAUCGGCUGCUGGAGACCAUGAAAGAGCACAAAGCCACCAUCAACUGUAUCAAAAUCAAGAGUGACGACAAAGAGUGUGUCACUGCCAGCUCUGAUGGUGCCUGCAUCAUCUGGGAUUUAGUGCGAUUUGCAAGUCUUCAAAUGGUGAUUGCCAACACACUGUUCCGGACGGUGUGUUACCACCCAGAAGAAUACCAGAUCAUUACCAGUGGCACUGACAGAAAGGUAUCCUACUGGGAUGUGUACGACGGCUCUGCCAUUAGAGAACUGGAAGGCUCGCUAUCUGGGGCCAUCAAUGGCCUGCACAUCACACAGGAUGGCAAACACUUUGUAACAGGUGGAGAUGACAAGCUGGUGAAGGUGUGGGACUAUAUGGAAGGUGCAGUGACCCACAUAGGAAUAGCUCAUGGCGGCAGUAUCACCAGCAUCAAGGUCUGCUCCAACAACAGCACCUUAGUCAGCACCAGCGCAGAUGGAGCCAUUCUUCGAUGGCGGUUCCCUCACCCCUCUUCCUCUUAAUGUGACACGUGGAAUCCUGGACACGUCAUGUAGAAGCAACAGAAACUUGUAAUCCAGUAACACAAAUGUAGCCAACCCUCUCCCUUAAUCUUUCCACUUAGUAAAUGUUGCUAUCAGACUUCAACAAGCUUACAUUAACAUUGCAGAAUAGGUUUACACUCUAACCAAAAGAAAUAAAUGUAAUUUGAUCAAGCAUUAA